AUGAUGAAAUACACCUACCUUGGCUGCUCAGGCCUCAAAGUGUCCCGCAUCUGCGUUGGCUGCAUGACCUUCGGCGAUCGCCGAGGUCAAUUUAAGUGGUGCAUUGAAGAACCAGAAUCUCUUCCAAUUCUCAAAGCUUGUUACGAUGCCGGCAUCAAUUUCUUCGAUACAUCCAACAAUUAUUCCAGCGGCGUAUCCGAGGAGAUCCUUGGCAAAGCCAUCAAGAAGUACAAAAUGCCGAGACAUAAUAUUGUCGUUGCGACAAAGCUCUGGGGCCCUGUCGCUCACAGGACUGGUGAUGAGUGGGAGAAUCCGUUGAAGAUGAGUGUGCAAGAGCGUGAUGGCAAGGGGUUUAUCAAUGCGUAUGGGCUGAGUAGGAAACAUAUCUUCGACAGCGUCAACGCGAGUUUGAAGCGCUUGGAUUUGGAGUAUAUCGAUCUUCUCCAGAUACAUAGAUUUGACCCCAAUACGCCUGUCAAGGAGACGAUGAAAGCGUUGCAUGACAUUGUGGAAAGUGGCAAGGUUCGGUAUAUUGGGGCGAGUUCCAUGUGGGCGCAUCAACUGCUGGAGAUGCAGUAUACCGCAAGAUUGCAUGGCUGGACCGAGUUCAUUUCUAUGCAGAACUUGCAUAAUGCCACUUAUCGGGAAGAAGAGAAGGAGAUGAUUCCCUCGCUGGAAAAAUUCGGGAUGGGCAUGAUUCCAUGGUCGCCUCUGGCAAUGGGCUAUCUCGCUCGGCCCCAUGACAGCUUCAAAGAUAGCGACCGGGGUGAAGCCAUGGGAGCAACGUUCAUGGGACAGAAAAUGACUGCGAUAGAUGAGAAGAUCAAUCGUAAGAUCGAGGAGAUCGCGAAGAAGAGAGGGGUCAGUAUGGCGAUUGUGGCUAUCGCAUGGAGUUUGAGCAAGCCCUUCAUGACGGCACCUAUUAUUGGCAUUGGUAAGAUUGAACGGGUAAAUGAGGCUGUUAAGGCUGUCAAUUUCGAAUUGGAGGAGGAGGAGAUUGAGAGUAUUGACAAUUUGUACGAGCCAAAGAAUGUCCUUGGUAUUGCGGUUUAA